AGCAUAUUCGAGCUCAAUGAUGAAGAAAAUGACAAGCGGUCUAAAAACAUUCGACGUCUCUCUAUAUAUCUCUGUCUGUCUCGGGCUUACUAGUUCAAUCAGAGCUCCACCACCAGGACCAAAGGAAAACACAUCUCCACAUCUGCACGACGUGAACCUCCCUCUGCUUCACCCCCUCUGUCUCUCUCUCUCCCUCCCUCCUUCCCUCCCUGCCUGCCUGCCUGCUUGCCUGCUUGCCUCACACUCUCAGCAUCAACAGACCAGCGCAGAUUGUAUUGAGAGCACCACGGCAGCGAGCAGGUUAUCGGGCGCCGGACUGAGGAUACUAUCCACCGGACUGAGAGAGCUCCCAGCAGCAAACAGGACAACUUGAAAUAAUUUUCAACUAAAUUAAAGGAGCUCUUCAUACUUUCUUUAAACUCUGGAAUUUAAUAAAAUAAACAAUGGGAGGAGCGGUGCGUUUAAAACUGAAGACUUUAUUGUUUCUGCUUGCUUGUAAAGCCUCUCUUGCGCUCUACUUCCCCCAGAUGGAGUACUCUGAGAGUGUGUUUGUGGAGCAGCCGGCAGGCCCCCUGCUGCAGAUUCACGCGAUGAGAGAGGAGGAGAAUGAGACUGCUCGAUUCUCCCUCAUCAGGAGCUAUCCCUGGUUCCAGAUUGAUGAGAGCACCGGAAUGCUAUCCCUCAACAGGAGUCUGGACAGGAAGGACUUUGCUUUGCUGACGAACGGGGAGCCCAUGAAGCUGAAGAAGCUCUUACUGAAAGUUGCCGCCCUCUCCAAUGAAGACCACAAGCACUAUGUGGAGGUAUCCCUGACUCUGAUCAAUGCCACAGCGCCCCCUUGCAGUGAGGUUAAGCCCAGGCAACUGUGUUUCCACGAGAAGGACUAUGCACCCCACAUCAAAGAAAACAAGCAACCUGGAGUGUUCCGCAACCUCCGCCCCCUGCCCCUGCAGCAGCGCUGCCCCCACAUCAACAUCACCUACAGCUUCGAACAAGAUCCCAGCCCUUUCGGCGACUUGUACCCAUUUGAAUUGGACCAGGACACAUCAGAGCUGGCGGUGUCUGUGCCCCUGGACCGCGAGCAGAGGGAGGAGUACAGGCUUCUUGUGCGAUGCACUGUCACCACAGAGUCCAUGGUAACCCAGGUGGACCAGCCCCUACUGAUCAGCGUUCAUGAUGAGGAUGACAGUGCCCCUUGCCUAUGGAAUGGCUCCGACACCACAGAGGUAGUGGUGGAGUUCGACAGGAAAAAGGGUGCAGUCCUGGGCAGGUUGCUUGUUUAUGAUGCUGACUCCACGCCAGUAUACCACAGAGACCAGAGUCGCAAUAAGUUCUCCGGCAUCCUGUUGACAAAAGAUACGUGGAUUAAAGAAACAUUCCAAAUCAACCACAAGCUCACAGAGACCAGCUUCAACCAUGUGCGACGCACCGUUCACAAGUACGAGCUGGUUCUGAACAGAAGCUUGCCCACCACAGAGAGCCGCUCACUUCAGCUGCACGUUCUUGUGAAUGACACAGAGUUCCAGGGGCCAGGGGGGUCCCUGGUGCUCCAUUUCAACGUGACCAUCCUGCCUGUCUCCAUCGUCUUUCCCAACACUAGCUUCCUGUUUAAAAUCCAGAAUAAUGCUGCCCAGUUUGCACAGAUCGGCAAAGUCUGCAUUGAGAACUGCCUGAAAUUCCAUGGGGUCAGCAUCAUGUAUAAGCUGGAGCCAGCAGCAAAAAACAUGACAGCCGUGGCCACGGCCUGUCACAGUGCGGUGGGCAUCGUUUCUGGCCAGGAGGGAAUCGUUGGGAUCCUCUAUGUAAUCGACCCCAAAGUCCUGGGGAGACCAGAGUGCCUGGAGCUGCAGUACACCGUCACCGCUGUGAACAAACUGAACCCCAAGCGUGCCCGGACUCUGCUGACCAUCACCCUGGAGCGUGCAGCUGGUGGCCACGCUCUGGAGGAGGACUGCCCCCUGUCCUGUGCUGAGAACCGAUUGCGUUCAGACUGUGAGGCCUGUGGGGGCAUGGGGGCAACGGACGGGAGGUGCCAUUGGAGACAAGGCAGCGGGAACGCACUGACCACAAACUACUCGACCUGCUCGCCCACUCUCCAGACCUGCCCAGACGGUCAAUGUGAUAUGGUCGAGAACUUGAAGCCGGCCAUCUGUCCACAGGACUGCAUGAAGUUGGAUGUUAUUGGAGGGCACGAGCGAGGCUUUUUGUCUGGGAUCAAGGCUGGCUAUGGGACCUGCUACUGCUUCCCAGGAAUCAAGUGCUACUGCGAGAAAUUCGACAUCAAAGAGCCCAUGUGUGACGAUGUGUGUAAGACUGUGAUCGCAGCAGCAGUGCUGCUCUCCUUCAUCAUCUCAGUGCUGCUCUCCUCCUACUUCAUCCAUCGCUACCACAAGAACUCCCCCAAGCCCCCCAUCGCCUCGGCUGAGAUGACCUUCCGCCGGCCCGCCCAGACCUACCCCAUCAGCUACUCCGCCAACAAUGUGCGCCGGCCCUCCCUUGACUCUAUGGACAACCAAGUGGCUGUGGACAACCUCAAGAUCCCUGAAGAUCCCAAGUGGGAGUUUCCCCGGAAGAACCUGGUGCUCGGCAAAACUCUGGGAGAAGGGGAGUUUGGGAAGGUUGUCAAAGCAACGGCGUUCCGGCUGAAGGGAAAAGCAGGAUACACAACUGUAGCCGUGAAGAUGUUGAAGGAGAAUGCCUCCCAAAGUGAGCUGCGAGACCUCCUGUCUGAGUUUAACCUUCUGAAGCAAGUCAACCACCCUCAUGUCAUCAAAAUGUAUGGAGCCUGCAGCCAGGAUGGUCCUCUGCACCUGAUAGUGGAGUAUGCAAAAUACGGGUCCCUGCGCAAUUUCCUGCGGGAGAGCCGGAAGGUAGGGCCCAGCAACAUGGGAAGUGAUGCCAACCGCAACUCCAGCUACCUGGAGAACCCGGACGAGCGAGCCCUGACCAUGGGGGACCUCAUCUCCUUCUCCUGGCAGAUAUCCCGGGGCAUGCAGUACCUGGCAGACAUGAAGGUGGUUCAUCGGGACCUGGCUGCUCGCAAUGUCCUGGUGGCUGAGGGAAGGAAGAUGAAAAUUUCGGAUUUUGGGCUCUCAAGAGACGUCUAUGAGGAAGACUCAUAUGUGAAGAGGAGCAAGGGUCGAAUACCUGUGAAGUGGAUGGCAAUUGAGUCUUUGUUUGAUCACAUCUACACCACACAGAGUGACGUGUGGUCUUUUGGGGUCCUCCUUUGGGAGACUGUGACACUGGGAGGAAACCCGUACCCAGGGAUCGCCCCAGAGCGGCUCUUCAACCUGCUGAAGACGGGGUACAGGAUGGAAAAACCAGAGAACUGCAGUGAGGAGAUGUACAGUCUGAUGCUGCGCUGCUGGAAGCAGGAGCCAGACAAGCGGCCGCCCUUCUCAGAGGUCAGCAAAGAGCUGGAGAAGAUGAUGGUGAAGAGCAGAGACUAUCUGGACCUCGCUGCUUCCACCCCUGCAGACUCCCUGCUCUAUGACGACGCCCUUUCCGAAGAGGACACACCCCUGGUGGACUGUAAUAACACCCCCCUUGCCCGCACCCUUCCCUCCACCUGGAUUGAGAACAAGCUCUAUGGUAGAAUUUCACAUGCAUUUACUAGAUUCUAGAAAUCAAACAAACCAACCUCUGAGUGAAUGAAUGACAUGAAUUCCUUCUCACUGUCUCUAUCACUGUCUCUGUAGCCAGACACUCUCUGUGCUCAUGCAAUCUGGAUAGCUCUGAAAAUGUCAAACGUCUAUCUCAUUAAUUAUCAUCGGUUGAUUUCCAGUGUGAAAGAAUGGUUAGAUUUCUCAUGGUUUUGUUUUCAGAAGUCCAGUAGGCACUGAGAGAAAACAUGGUCAUAAGAUUAGAUUGAGCUUCUGCAGACCCAAGCUUCAUCAAGUUUGAACCUCAAAAAUCUUUAAGCAGGUGUUGCCUCCAGUGGUUAAAUCGUUCAACACUCACAAGGAAUCAUCAUAAAAUUGCCAGCCAGUCAGUCAGCACCAAACAGUUGUACUAAGAAUGUGAAGCUUGGUAAAAAAAGCAGAUAAUGUUUUUGAUCGUGAAUGUAAAACCUGUGGGCUGAAGCCUAUUUUUUUUUUUUUUUUUUUUUUUUAUGGUAUGACGAUAGUAUUCCAAUAUAAUAUAGAGAACCACAGCCUAAUACUGCAGUUAUAAUACAGUCAACCUCAGUUAUCUUGACUGGUGGAUAACUUGACACGUUCUCUUAAUUCGACAGUCUUGGUCCUACAUUUUCUACAUAUAAAAUAUAUGUAUCCUGCCUGAGGUGACCAUAUGGCUCAGUUUUCAGUGGGACAGUUUGGGAUAGUUCAGGCUUUUCAAAUCGCAACCCAAGCAUAGUCCAAAAUGCAUUGGGUUGUGAGUUGAAAAGCCUGAACUAUCCCAAACUAUCCUGCUGAAGACAGAGCCAUGUGGCCAUCUUACGCCUCUUUUUAUUUUUUUUAUUCGACACCACACUUUACUAAUAACUCAACACUAAUUACUGGCACCAAAGGGAUAAAAACUAUUAAAAAGACUAGUGGAUAACAUGAAACUGUCGUUUCACGUGACGAAACUCUGACUGGAAACAGAUAGUUUAUUCAUUCCUUCACGACUACCAAGUGCAGCUGGUUACGGUAUCAGUGCGCAAUGAGUCAGAAGCAAAAAAUGUGUUCUCUUCAAUUGGCUUUAAAGCAGGUUAUUCGGGAUAACAAGCUUGUCAGCAGAACUUUCAAAACUCGUGUUUUUACAUGCAAAACAAUCGACAAUGCUUGAGUUCUGUGUGAAACUAACUUGUUUCUUAUUGUUUUUGUUCAGAGUUAAUUCUGUAUAAUGCACAUUUGUUAACUUUUGGUAUUUAAGUCGUCAAAUUACAAGCCAAUACCUAAAAGUAUGGUCAACAGUUUGUGGUUGGAUUGUUUUCAUAAAAAUAACACACAGUUAUUUUAUUAAUUCUUAUUUCAAUCGAACUGUAUGAGUUGUAUUGAGUGUAGUGUCCAGAAAUGUACUGCUGCCCCUUUAAGUAAUACAGUGUAAGGUCAAAAGAAGUAAGGUCAAGAACCGGAAGGAUUAGACAGACAGUGUGUGGAUAGACACGGCAAGAAUAGCAGCAGCAGAGUGGUAGAUUAGUGCAGGAGGAUGGUAAUAAACAUCAUUAAUGUAAACGAUUAAACCAUGGAAUAAAGUUCAUGUGCAUUGAGACCCACCUGUGCAUUUGAAUCUUCAUUACAUAUUUACUAAAGAGUAAGAGCAUUAAACCAAUUUUACAGUACUGUACUGUGAUUGAUUCAUUCCCUGCAGUUCUUUGAACCAUUUUCAUAGGGACAUUUAACUAAAAAUAAACUUGUAAAUACUGUAAACAUGUCAGUUCUGUUACUUCAAUGCAUGUUAAUGACAUGGCUCAUUACACCCGUGGUACCCGAUACCUUGGAUAAGUUGGCACUAAAUGGUAAACCUUUGGGCUGUCGAGUUAACCGAGGUUGACUGUACUUUGUAGCAUGACAUUUGAGACAUUUAUGGAAAAUGGCAUCCAUAUAAAUUGCACAUUGAUGCUUCGGGCAGACAUAAGCUAGCUCGAGUACAUUUUUGCUUUGAAUAUUUAAAUUUUUGUCCCAGCACUUAUCCCUAUUAAUUCCACAGAGCUAAAUACAAAGCACACAUCUCCAGCUGAGCAUACUGACAUCGUAACUACAUACAAAAAUAAAACAAUAAACAUCUGCUGACCCAUUCUCUAUCCCAGUAUUAACAAUGACACAAUCAGUUCCUAAUUAAAAAUGCCUUGCUUUCAUCCAGAUUUGAGUUUAAAACUAUUAUGGUGCGAAACUCGUUCGGUAUUCUACAGGUCUCUUAGAUUCCCAAAAGGGCCCUGUUUACAAUCCAUGAAUUGAAAUCUAAACUCCCUUUCACAGAUACUGUGUUUUAUGACAGGCGAUCGAGAAUAAACCCAGAUCAAGGUGGAAGUUCUUAUUUACUUUUGGAAUGGGUUGUACAGAAUACUGUAGUACUGAAGGGAAGUGAUCAUGCUUGGAAGAAACUCCAGCUUCUGUAACAUUUCAAACAGAUCAAAGAUGUCAUACAGUCUUUUCUGCCUUGAGGUGCAAACUGAAGCCACCCCUAUACAGCAUCUCCAGGUCCUGCAGCUACCUGCUUGACAAAGUGUACUAUUAAAGGAGAGCUAACCAAGGUCUGAUUAGCAGCAGGUUCAUUAUCUUUGCUCCUGAACAUACUGUAUUGUUGUUAUUUGCCUGUCUUUGUCAUGAAUAACCACAAUACUGUAUUUUACUCAUAUUUUAAAACUUUCUUUACGUAUCCCCUGAAUUAAAGCCUAAUAUUAAGAAUUCCAAUGUCCAAUUUCCCAGUUCCCUUGCGAGUGGCCACAUCAGUUUUCUGUUUUGCCAAAAAUUUCAACUCUCAUUUCAUGAGCUUUUAUUCAUAGUGCAGUAAGAGGCUCAUUUCCCUGUCAUUGCAAGUGCAUCCCUUAUUCAAAUUCAGAGCUCUAAACAUGCAUGCUUUACUGUGUCAGUUUCAUGCACUUUCCUACACUUUAGCACACAUUCAUGUGUUAUUUUUCCUGCUUUGUCUGUGAAGGGUCUGCUUUUCAGGCCUGAUUUUAUCAUGGUCUUCCUGUAAACUUUUCAAUAUUAUUGGGACAGAUGUAUCAAGCUCUUACUACACAGGAAAAUUCAACUGAUAACAAAUUGUAGUCACACUUUUUCUAGUCCGUAAAUGUUUAAUUCAAGCUUGCUAAUUACUAGUUUUGUAAAAUAUGCAUGAUGAACAUAAAAAUGGUGCAAAGUGUGCUUUGCAGCAAAGCUUGAUAGACCUGGCCACUGUGCUGUGAAACCAGCAGGCACGUUGUGGAAAUGUCUUCACUGUUGAUGCCUGAUGUUGUGAAACCGGAGGUGAUUAGUAAGAAUAUAGAGGCUUGUUUUAGAAACUGUUUGUUAAAUUGUUAUUGAUGAGGUUCAUCAGGGUUUCACUGAGAGCCGUACUGUCUGCACCCUACCUUCUGGUUCCUCAGUGCAGAAAAAUUAUCUGUUUUCAUUUUUUAGGAAUGUCUUACCCAAACUGGCCAGAGAAGAGCCCCGUGCUGCUCACAAGACUCGAUGGCACUAACCCUGUCUUUACAAGAUAUGCAAAUGAUA